UCACAUUUUCCGGACGAACUGGAAGUGAAAACUGAAGGUUGAAGGUUGAUAAAUGUCAUCCAUCCGUACACACAAUACAAACCAGAUUAAACAGACAACAGAAAGGAUUAUAAACAAUUAUAAUCUCUUGAUCUGUAUUAUUUUUUGGUAAAAAUUAUUAAUUCAAAACCGUACCGUCAUUUACGAUUAGAAAACUAGCCGGUUGCUCCGUAUUUUUGACUGGUAGCGUUGAUGGGGAAUUUCAUAUCAGGGGGACGGACAUCUCAAGACACAGUUGGUGGUGACGACCACCGCAUUCCGAGGGAACAUUGGCCUAACGUGGAUGUCACUUGGGUAGAUUUUCAAAAACGUAGAAAAUCGCCCUAUUACGUCGAAAACGAUCAGGACGACGGUGACGACAUGGGCCUCAAUGGAUUCCUCUUUCCUGGCGGAUUUGUCAUUCCUGACAGUGUGAUUGAGCUUAUCCUUGCUCUCGUAAGACCGGAAGAUAUCCUCCGUUGCAAUUUGGUUUGCAAAAACUGGAAGGAUAUCAUCACACGCAAAUCAUACUGGAAGAUUUGGUUUGAUCGUAACAAAUGGGAUUGGAACAUGAUUCCACAACACAUUAAAGAUAUGCCGCAAGCAUGGAUCGUGUUUCAUGCUCAAGUUCGACAUCACAUUUUUACCAAAAAUUAUGUCGUCAAUCAUAGCGGAGUUGGAGAUAACAGAAACGAUUUCCGCAAUUGGACAAUCGAUCGUAAUGGAGGAGAUCGCUGGAAAUUGGAGACAAAUCCGAAAGGAUGUAACCCAUUGUCACCGGAUCCGUUUUUCGACAACAGUACUAGUGCGUGGGUCACAUCAUUUUCUCCUUGCUCGAAAUGGACCUCGAUUGAUUUGUGGGAAAUGGGAUUAACGCCUCCAGUGAUGAUGACGUGUCUCCCAUUCAGCCUCGUCUGUAGUCAAAUGUACACCGCUCGAUUCGACUCUGGGGGAGUUUUUACCUGGACUCUUCGAACUCUGGACCGACAGGAAGAAAUCAUUCACGAAUUUACCGAAGUUUACGAACUAAAACCGGAAAUGGAAUGGCAAACAGCGACUCAUCCUUUUCCCUUUAAAGAAGAACACAUUGACAACAUAAGUGAAUUGCGAUCCCUCGUAUUUGUCCAUCAAGGAAAGGACGAUCGAUUUUGGAAGGGACAUUAUGGUAUUAAAUUUUCACGCUCGUGUGUAAAACUUCAAUUGGAUACUCCUUCUGCUCGAGAUGGUGAUGGAGUCGUUGAAGUGGUGGACAAAUCAGAAAAUUGAACACAUACAUUACAUACAUUUAACGCGUAUGUAUGUAGAAAAAGCUACCCCAUUCAUCUCGUCAGUAUCACACUUAUUUUUCCACGAAAAAGCUAUAAUUUUUUCGAGAGUAACUUAUAUUUUAUGGCGCAUAAAUCCUUGUCUGAAAAUUAACCGGUGUAUGUAUUUAUACUACUAUAAAAUAUUAUAUAAUAAUGUUACACAUUUACAUUUAAAUUAUACUGGUGCCAUUAUUGUAAUUUAAUUACUUACAAUAAUAAGAUAUUCAAUAAAUCAUCGUUGAACAUGUUCGUUAUAAAAAC